GGUCUUGUCCAACCAAAGUUCUUUUCAAGGAGACAGAAGGGUGUUUGUCUUUGAGGUUUUAUAAUUUUAUAAAGAAGUUAGUCUUCUAUCACCCUAAACUACUUUUAACUUCGGGGUUACAUUCUCCUUUAGUACUUUUCUUUGACAAUUACAUUGGAAAGAUGGAAGGAGAAGGAAAAAUGUCAGCAGAGAACAAGCAGAAAGGAAGGUUCAAAAGAAUAUGUGUCUUUUGUGGUAGUAGAGUUGGAUACAAGUCUGCAUUUAGUGAUGCAGCUCUUGUGCUUGGUGAUUUGCUGGUUGAGAAGAGAAUUGACUUGGUUUAUGGAGGAGGAAGACUAGGACUAAUGGGCUUGAUCUCUCAAACUGUGCUAAAGGGAGGCUGCCAUGUUCUUGGAGUGAUUCCUAAAGCUCUGUUUCCUGUUGAGAUAGCUGGGGAAACCUUUGGAGAAGUGAUUUCAGUUGCAAACAUGCAUGAAAGGAAGUCAAUAAUGGCUAAACAUGCUGAUGCAUUCAUAGCCCUUCCUGGAGGCUAUGGAACCAUGGAAGAGUUGCUGGAGGUGAUAGCCUGGUCCCAACUAGGAAUACAUGAUAAACCAGUGGGAUUGUUAAAUGUAAAUGGGUAUUUCAAUAGCUUGCUGACCUUAUUUGACAAGGGAGUGGAAGAGGGCUUCAUAGACAACUCUGCAAGGCAUAUUGUGGUCAUAGCAGACACAGCAGCAGAACUCAUAAAGAAAAUGGAGGAGUAUGUCCCCAUCCAUCACAAGGUUGCACCAAGACAAAGUUGGGCAGUGGACCAUCUAUUAUUAGAGAAGAGUACUGAAACUGAGGAGAUCCUAAAAGCUUAGACCUCCAUCAUCCGUUUGUAUAAGAAAAAUGUUUCAUUCCAAGUCUAUAAGUCUUGUCCCUAAUCAUCACAUCAAACAUCCUUUUUUGGUAAAGAGAGAGAAACUCAAUUGUGAUUUUUAUAGUCUCCAAUUGGUUGCAAGAAAAAAUAGUGGUGUGAAAAUAGAAGAAUUUUGUGUAUAAAAAACUGAAAACAUAUAUAUAGCAAGUUUAGUUCCAUUUGCAUUAAAAAAAGUCUUUAGUGUGGAAAUCUCAGGAUAUAACAUUAUUAAGCAUGAAUCUUGCAUGUUGGAGCUCAAUAGAUCAAUUGAAUAGUACUAAAGUUUGUGAA